AUGUCACGAACGAUGGAGCAGACGGACAAUGGUAGUCUACGAGAGGAAGAGCAGCCAGAGCAGGACAAGAAGCAGAAGAGUCGCAGACCUCCAAAUACCGCCUUUCGACAGCAACGAUUAAAGGCGUGGCAGCCCAUCCUCACCCCAAAGACUGUCCUGCCGCUGUUCUUCGCUGUGGGAAUUAUAUUUGCGCCUAUCGGAGGACUGUUACUAUGGGCCAGCUCGCAGGUCCAAGAAAUCAGCAUCGACUACUCGGCCUGUGGAUCAGCGCCGCUAUGUCAAGAUGGGACAACGCGACCACCGAAUACCGACAAUGCCAUCAUCCCAUCCAGCAAAGUCACCACGUACUUCAAGAACACCACCACGGAUGCGCAGAGGCCGACCUGGUGCUACACCAAGACGGACACCGCGGACACUUUCGGCGGCCAGAGGGAACUCCCGAACACCACGUACUGCCACGUGCAAUUCUAUAUCCCGGACAAGCUCACAUCGCCCGUGCUGAUGUACUAUCAAUUGACCAACUUCUACCAGAACCACAGACGAUACGUGAAGUCCUUUGACCAAGAUCAACUCUCCGGCACGGCACGCUCGGCGAAAGACAUCAAUGGUAGUGAUUGCUCUCCCCUACAAGGCGAAGUCGCACCCGAUGGGAACUGGAAACCCUACUACCCCUGCGGUCUCAUCGCCAACUCCCGCUUCAACGACACCAUCUCCAGCCCAAUCUUACUCGGCACAGACAAUGGCGCGGAGAACAGUACGUACGCCAUGACCACAAACGACACCGCAUGGUCCAGUGACGCGGCCCUGUAUAAGCAGACCAAGUACAACUAUGGCGACGUCCUGCCUCCACCAAACUGGAGACAGGUCUACCCCGAAUACAACGACACGGCUGAUUUCGGCUUCCCAUCUUUGCAUACAGACGAUGGGUUUCAGACUUGGAUGCGCACGGCGGGACUGCCGACGUUUAGUAAACUCGUCCGGAGGAAUGACAAUGAUGCUAUGGCUGCGGGGAGAUAUCAGGUCGAUAUCUACGAUUUCUUCCCAGUGACCCUCUACAGCGGCACGAAAUCCAUCCUCAUCUCCACGAGAACAGUAAUGGGUGGCCGUAACCCCUUCCUUGGCAUCGCCUACAUCGUCGUCGGAGGGCUAUGCAUGCUACUCGGAGGACUGUUUACUGCUGCACAACUGAUCAGGCCAAGACUACGGGUGUGGCUGACUUCGAGGGACAAUGCAGGAAACUCGGCGAUCACUCUUAUUUGA